AUAGUUUAAGGCCUGUGUUUAUACAAAGACCACAACUGAGCACAAUUCUUGCGUCGAACCUGUUUCCCGAUGACAUUUUCCUUAUGCUUCUUCAUCAACCUAUCAUCUACGCCGUCGUCGUAAACUAGUUUUCUAUUUUGACAACAUUAACGUAUUCAAACAACAUUCGGACACUUGCGAGGAAUCAGAUUCGACUGGUCACAAUCAUUGGCAGUACAGUUUUUCACGCGAUGAAUUGUCACAAUUAUGCAUAAUGUAUGCGUCAAAUCGUAGGAGGCAUUAAGAGCAUAUCGCAACCCCAGGGGAAAUGGUCGGAUUUAGAGCUUGUGAGUGAUUCGCGAAAGACCAGGUCCCUCUUUCGCCGGUCCAGUGCUGUUGUAAAUUAUUUGGUAACAACGUAAUGAAAAAAUGUUUUUCAAGAUUCAAGCGUAGACUAUUGUCAUAGAGAACAGAAAUUCUAUAAAGUGAAGCAGGGGUGUUUGUUUGAAUGAGAGAAUUAGGCUACAAAGCGGAUGUGAAUUGCAUGUUUGCCCAUUGGGCAUACCUCGCUGUGUCUACGUCAAAUGAGGAUAUCGACUGGAAGGCUUUGAUUAAACUUUUAACGCCACAUAGCUCGCCUUCUGUUGAAUUCUUGUGAAAGCCCAGACCUGCAUAAGAGAUAAAGUUGCUCUUUUUACGUCACUCUUGACGAAGGAACAAGAAUUGAAACAAACAUUGACAAUAGAUGAUGCCAGAUGGGAAAAAACCUAAAUGAAUCCGCAUAACUUAUUGUUUCAGCUUUCCGAAGAAUGUUGACGACGUAAAAUGGCGCACGCCGAGGAAAGAGCGUGGAAUCGAACGGAAAGAAAGCUUAAACAAGCAGAAAAAGAAAAAAAUUCCUACAAUGGGAAAAGUGAUGAUGUUUCCGGUGCCCAUCGUCGCCAUAUUAUCGAUGGACAGGAGCUCAUGAUAAACGCCAAUCGAUCCGAAUUGAAUGAAAAUUGGGAAAGACCAUCAAAUACAGAAAUUGACGAAUCGAAGUCCACUCCAGGAAAUGCUGGAUAUAAGACUCAGCCAAUAAAAGACUAUACAAACACAGUACAUGGUGGCAAGCUCUUUGAAGGAGAGGAAGAUGCCAAUUUUGAUCCAGAAGUAAAGACAUCCAGUUGGUCAUCAACUCCUCCUGCACGGAAAAAUUCUUCCAGUAGUGUGAAAUGUGAUGAGUGGUCGCAUUUAACUUUUAAAAAAACAGCGUCAGAAAAGAACGAAUGCGGUGGUGACAAAGAAUCAAGCUCCUUGGAUCAACAUAAGAUCGCUGGGGACUGGCGUAAGACAGCUUCAAGUCGUGGGGCAAACAAACCCAAAAGCCAACUGAAGCCUUCUGAUUCUUGGAUACGGGAGCAACCCCAACUUCCAGAAGAACCAAUUCUUAAAGAGCCUGCAUGGUUGGAUCUUGUUCGCAAAAGAAGAUGGAGGUCUACGGUAAAAGCAAGAUUUCCCCAAACAGAAAGAGAGAGAAUCCAAUUUGAGCGAAGACUGGACACCAGCAAAAGAGGUCUAAAGUUCAACCCACGUGGUGAACCUACUAGCAUUACUGGUCCCACCAUGGAUGAUGAACUCUCUUUGUAUCUCCUACAGCAGCGCAGGCGCAUUGAGUCCGAUGUAGUGGACUCUGGCGUCCCGUCUGCCAGUAGGAGCAGCAUGUCCUCACCUGCUGCUAGCUCUGUGUCCUCUUUCAGUGAUUCUUAUUUUCUUGACGAUGAUUACCAUGACAACGAUCCUAAAAACCGCGAGCUUGCAGCAGAGCAAGGAAUUCUGAAUCUUUCCCGUCCUCCCAUGAAAGGACCAGCAAAGGAACUUCACAAAAAUCUGGCUAUGGAAAGAUCAAGACAAUCCACAAUGCAAUGGCGUUUCUCAGCUGACCCCUACGAAGCACCGCUUUGGACUCACCUACCCAAACCCACCGAUGUUGAAGCACUUAACGAUAUGGAUGUCGGUUUGGAAGCCAAAUUCUGGAGUUCAAAGAAGAAAUUUCAAACUGGACAAUUCAAUCCACCCGCAGUUCUUUCAAAGCCACGCUCUCGGUCUUUCUCGAGCGGGGAUGGAGACCUGGAGAAAAGAUCUCAUGCGAACAGUUUGACCUCUGAAGAAAUAAUCCCGUUCGCAUCUCGCUCUAAUUUUUCUGACAUGAAACAGAAACUUGCAUCGGGUGAGCUUCUGACAUCGACACCAAUUACGGGAAAACCAGUCAAAUUGGAUGACUGUAAUUCGCCAAAUUUACAUACGAAAUUCCCUCAUUUGGAAGAAAUUGAGCCAAAGGAAAACAAGAACUCAAGUUGUAUCAAGAAUUCAAGUUAUAUAUCGGCAGAAGAGAUGGCAAUAAUGGAAGAGAGCAAAAAUCCAUCACCGAGGAUAUGUUUACGGAAAAAGUUAAAACCCCACCAAGACACGUUGAGCGUCCGAAAAUGACCCGAACACGCAGCGAUGCUGAACUUUUUGAUUUGCUGAGAUCAAGAAAACAAGAGGCAGACCAGUCAAUUGUGGAAGCAUCAAAGGAAAUCUCAGAUCUUGCCACCAAUAUUUCGAACACGUUUGGAGUAGAGAAAAAGGAUGACACGCUUUUUGCAAAAAAUGACGGCAUAUCUCGAGGGUCUCCGAAUAAAGAAACGCAUGUUGAAGAUAAGGCAAAGAGUAGGCAAAAUCACAAUAACGAGGAAAGCGAUUCCACGAAUAAGAAUGAAAAAGAGCGUGUAAGGAACACCUCGCCGGAAUUUUUAGUCACUCUCAAGGACUAUAGAGUUUCACAAGGCAAAGACGUGAGCCUAGAAGUUGUUGUCAGCGGUGAACCACGACCAAACGUACAGUGGUUUAUGGAAAAUCGUCUUUUGACCAGUAAGAACAAUCGUCACGUGAUAGUCAGUAAAGGAAGUGUUUUCAGAUUGGACAUCAAAAACAUUCAAGUUGAAGAUGAAGGACUGUACGAAUGUGUUGCAGCGAAUACCGCUGGCUCGACAAAAUGUGAUUGCGAAGUCAUUGUUGAUGAUUGAAUUAAUAAAGGUAUUUUUGUCAAAGAAGUUAGCAGAUAUGCUGGAUGUUUCUCAGACAAGACGGCUCUUACCAGGACAUUUUUAGGAUAAUUUUUAUGAUAAUUGGCAUUUGAUUAUUUCAGUUUUUUAAAUUACAUAGCUAGUAGCUAACAACGCAUGGACAAAUGAUCCCUUGCGGGAGACUUUUUUAGCUCGCAAGUUUAUAUUGAUAAGGUUAUCAAAAUAGCAUUGCUUGAAUUGACUUAUUUUCUGUGCAUUGUUCUAGCGAAUACCUACUUCAAGACUUGCUUUCCAAAUUGUCACUCAUAGCAUAUUUUAAUGAAGAUUAUGUAAAACCUGGUUACGUAUAGGUGACAUAUCAUAAGUGUGAUUUUAUUAGUGGGAUUUUAAGUCUGAUUGCUGAAUUGAAAAAUGAAUUGUAUUGAAAUGA